AUGCCUCACCUUUGCCGGCCCCAUUGUGUACUAUUGCUGCUCAGCACCUUCUUGAGUCUCGGUUUGGGCCUGGAGUUCACAGGCUCUGAGGGCCAGUGGGCACGUUAUCUUCGCUGGGAUGCCAGCACCAAAAGUGACCUCAGUUUUCAGUUCAAAACCACUAUAUCAAACGCUCUGGUUCUCUACUUUGACGAUGGAGGAUACUGCGACUUUCUGCUCCUGACCAUUGAGGAAGGCAAGCUGAAGUUGCAUUUCAGUGUGGACUGUGCAGAAACCACGAUAACCUCCGACAAGAUGGUCAAUGACAGUCGCUGGCACUUUGCCACCAUCAGCAGGCACAACUUGCGUACCGUGCUGGCACUGGAUGGAGAGUCCAAAGUAGAUGAGGUGAGACCGCAAAGGCAGUUCAUGAAGAUCGUCAGCGACCUGUAUCUUGGAGGAGUGCCUCAAGACAUUCGGACAUCUGCCUUAACGCUACCGGGGGUUAAGGAGAUGGCACCAUUCAAGGGGAUUAUUACAGAUCUGGGUUACGGGAAUCAGGUUCCCACACGCCUUGGGAGCCAAAAAGUUAGGUUGGAGAUGGAAGGCUUGUGUAUGGAGAACCCUUGUGAAAAUGGAGGCAGCUGCAUCAUGGCUGACGGUGAACUUUACUGUGACUGCUCCAAAACAGGAUAUGUAGGUCGUUACUGUAAUGAAGCUGUCAACAAAACUCCUGGGUUUGCACAUAUGGUGAAGUCUCCACAAGCACGAGAGGAGAAUGUGGCGACGUUCAGGGGUUCGGAGUUCUUCUGCUACGACUUGUCACAGAAUCCCAUCCAGAGCAGCAGCGAUGAGAUAACAUUGUCCUUUAAGACCUGGCAACGCAACGGUCUCAUUCUCCACACAGGCAAGUCGGCUGACUACGUUAACCUAGCACUGAAGGAUGGUGCCGUUUCGCUGGUCAUCAACCUGGGCUCUGGAGCUUUCGAGGCCAUCGUUGAGCCUGUCAAUGGAAAGUUCAAUGACAAUGCCUGGCAUGACAUCAAAGUGACACGCAACCUGAGACAGGUCACUAUAUCGGUGGAUGGUAUACUGACCACCACAGGAUACACACAGGAGGAUUACACAAUGCUGGGCUCUGAUGACUUUUUCUAUGUGGGGGGAAGCCCGAGCACAGCCGACCUGCCUGGAUCUCCAGUCAGCAAUAAUUUCAUGGGUUGCCUGAAAGAGGUGGUCUACAAAAACAAUGACAUUCGACUGGAACUCUCUCGCUUGGCCCGCAUUGCAGACCCUAAAAUGAAACUACAGGGGGACGUGGUGUUUAAAUGUGAGAAUGUGCCCACCCUUGACCCAAUCUCUUUUGAGACAGCAGAGUCCUUCCUCAGUCUUCCCAAGUGGAACACCAAGCGAGUGGGCUCCAUCUCCUUUGACUUCCGAACUUCAGAGCCCAACGGAUUAAUCCUCUUCACUCAAGGUAAGCCCCAGGACAAGAAGGACUCUCACAAUCAGCGGAGCAACAAAGUGGACUUCUUCGCUGUAGAACUUCUAGAUGGAAACCUAUAUCUUCUGCUGGACAUGGGAUCAGGAACCAUCAAAGUCAAAGCCACACAGAGCAAAGUCAACGACGGAGUCUGGCAUCACGUGGACAUCCAGAGAGAUGGACGAUCAGGGAUCAUCUCUGUGAACAGCCACCGAACUCCCUUCACAGCCAGCGGAGAGAAUGAGAUUCUAGACCUGGAGGGUGACCUGUAUCUCGGAGGUCUCCCCGACAACCGGGUCGGCCUGGUUCUUCCUACCGAACUGUGGACUGCUAUGCUGAACUAUGGCUACGUGGGCUGCAUCCGUGAUCUCUUCAUCGAUGGACGCAGUAAAGACAUCAAGCAGAUCGCAGAGGCCCAGAAUAGUGAUGGGAUCAAGUCGUCCUGCAGCAAAGUCACAGGCAAACAGUGCGAUAGCAACCCCUGCAAAAAUAACGGCAUCUGCAAGGAGGGGUGGAACCGCUUCAUCUGUGACUGCACUGGGACAGGCUACUGGGACAGUACCUGCGAGAGAGAAGCGUCUAUCCUGAGCUAUGACGGCAGUAUGUAUAUGAAGGUGGUGAUGCCUACAGUCAUACAUACAGAAGCAGAGGACGUCUCUCUUCGCUUUAUGUCCCAGCGUGCAUUUGGCCUGUUGAUGGCUGCCACAUCACGUGAGUCUGCUGACACACUGCGACUAGAGCUGGACAGCGGCCGUGUCAAACUGAUCGUCAACUUAGACUGUGGCAGGAUAAACUGUAAUGCCAGUAAAGGACCAGAGACAUUGUACGCUGGGCAAAAGCUGAACGACAAUGACUGGCACUCAGUCAAAGUGACACGGCGUGGUAAAAACCUCAAACUCAUGGUGGAUGAUGAUGUAGCUGAAGGUCAGGUGAAUGGUGACCACACUCGUUUGGAGUUCAGUAACGUCGAGACUGGUAUCCUGACCGAACGGCGUUUUGCCUCCUUGGCUCCAUCUAACUUCAUUGGUCACCUUCAGGGCCUGAAGUUCAACGGCCUGCUUUACAUCGACAUGUGCAAGAAUGGUGACAUUGAAUUCUGUGAGCUCAAUGCUCGCUUAGGCAUGCGCUCCAUCGUGGCCGAUCCAGUCACCUUCAAGACUAAAGGAAGCUACCUUGGUCUGGCUACACUUCAGGCAUAUAGCACCAUGCACCUGUUCUUCCAGUUCAAAACCACCUCUGGAGAUGGCUUCAUACUCUUUAACAGUGGAGAUGGGAAUGAUUUUAUUGCAGUGGAGCUUGUCAAAGGAUAUGUCCACUAUGUGUUUGACCUGGGAAACGGACCGAGUCUUCUGAAGGGAAACAGUGACAGUCCACUCAACGACAACCAGUGGCACAACGUGGUGAUCACUCGUGAUGCCAGCAACACACACAUGCUCAAGGUGGAUGGAAAGUCUGUUAGUCAGGUGGUCAACGGAGCAAAAAAUCUGGAUCUGAAAGGUGAUCUGUUUGUGGCUGGUUUGGGGCCUAACAUGUACCAGAACCUGCCAAAGCUGGUGGUAUCUCGUGAGGGUUUCCAGGGUUGCUUGGCUUCCAUGGAUCUCAACGGCCGUCUGCCUGACCUGAUCAACGACGCUCUAUUCCGCAGCGGGCAGAUUGAACGUGGUUGUGAAGGACCCAGCACCACCUGCCAGGAGGACUCGUGUGCUAACAUGGGCGUGUGCAUCCAGCAGUGGGAGAACUUCACCUGUGACUGCUCCAUGACAUCAUACUCCGGCACACAGUGCAAUGACCCCGGAGCAACGUAUAUCUUUGGAAAAGGUGGAGGACUCAUCAUCUACACGUGGCCCAAUAACGAGAGACCAAGCACCAGAACGGACAGACUGGCGGUGGGCUUCAGCACCACCAUCAAGGACGGGAUUCUGGUCCGCAUUGAUAGCGCCCCCAGACUAGGAGACUACAUCAUGCUCCAUAUCGAGGAAGGAAAAGUUGGCGUAACGUUCAACAUCGGCACGGUGGACAUCAGCGUCAAGGAGUUGAAUACAGAAAUCAAUGAUGGAAAAUAUCACGUAGUACGCUUCACAAGGAAUGGGGGAAACGCCACUUUACAGGUGGACAACUGGCCAAUCACAGAGCAUUUUCCAUCAGGUCGUCAGCUGACCAUUUUUAACACCCAAGCCACCAUCUCAAUAGGCGGUAACAACCGCAAGCGCCCGUAUCAAGGCCAGCUCUCAGGCCUCUAUUACAAUGGCCUGAAGGUUCUCAACAUGGCAGCUGAAGGUCAUGCCAACAUCAAGAUAAAUGGCAGCGUGAGACUGGUAGGUGAUGUGCCCACCAGCAGAAGCCCUUCCCGCACCACCACCUCCAUGCCUCCGGAGAUGUCCACCACCUUUAUCGAGACUACCACCACCCUGUCAACCACCACCACUCGCAAGCAGCGCUCCCCACCCACCAUUAAGACAACGGAUGACAUCGUAUCAUCGGCGGAAUGUUCCAGCGAUGACGAGGACCUGGAAGAGUGUGACGGCGGACACACAGGAGGGGAGUUAGUCAUCCCCAUUUUAGUCGAGGAUCCCAUAGACAUCCCCCCUGUUUUCACUCGAGCCCCUUUCAUCCCCCUCCCCCCAACACUUCACCCCGUCCUCACCAUUAUUGAGACCACUAAAGAGUCCUGGUCAAUUGCUACCGAUGCGGGGGUACCUUGCUUGUCGGACAGAGGCAGCGAUGAUUGUGAUGAUGAUGAUGGUGAUGAUGAUGAUGUUGAUGGCUUGGUGAUUUCGGGGUUUGGCUCUGGGGAGGCCUUCGACACUAGCCUCCCCCCAACUGACGAUGAAGAUUUUUACACCACCUUCUCCCUGGUAACAGAUCAGAUCUUGACCACAUCGACAUACGAAGGUGGCUACAAAGCUCUUGCACCCAAAUGGGAAGUAAAGGACUUUAAGCCAAGCAAGGCCUCUGAGGCGGACAGGACUACGCCCAUCCCGCCUCUGCCUGACCUCCGGAGCUCAGCGGCAUCACCCGGAAUGCCCGAGACCGCUCCCAAAAUCCCAGCCGGGAAAAUGAACAACCGCGAGAUCAAACCCCAACCAGACAUAGUGCUGCUACCACUUCCCACGUCUUACGACACAGAUGGCACCAAACCGAGGGGACCGUACAUCACCCAGCCCAUGUUACGUGCCAUCCCCAGUGCCCUGCCCACUAUUCCAGGUAUCAGGAGAGUGCCUCCUGGUGCCUCGGAGGUUAUACGUGAGUCCAGCAGCACAACAGGCAUGGUGGUCGGUAUAAUCUCUGCUGCUGCCUUGUGCAUCCUCAUACUCCUUUAUGCCAUGUACAAAUACAGAAAUAGGGAUGAGGGCUCCUAUCAGGUUGACGAAACGCGGAACUACAUCAGCAAUUCGGCACAGAACAACGGCACAGUAGUGAAAGACAAACAGCCCAGCAAUAAGGGUGCCGGCAACAAGAGACCAAAAGACAAGGACAAGGAAUACUAUGUAUAAAACAAAAUUCCAUUUAGAGACUGUAAUUUUACAUUGAAAAUCCUUUAAGAACUCAAACACGUUGAGUCUAUAUGAACUGAUUUCCAAGUGUUCUAUGAUUUGAAGCACACUUUAAACGGUAAGCAUAGGGAUAAGGCAAAUAGGACUUUGGGGACCUUGAUACCUUACUCUCUGUCUGGUUGUGGGACAAUGCCAGUGUAAAAUAUCUCAUUGUUACAUUGUUAUCCCUCAAGUGACUUCUCUGAAAAAUCCUUGGUGUAAAAAAAGAUGAAAGAAAAAAAAGCAACCCUUGUCCAUUGUAACCCUGUACAAAAUAAGAAUGAUCAUGGGUCCUGGUUAUGAAGUAGGGCAUGCAUGUGACGUGUGUGAUGUAGUACUGAUAUCUUUGCAAAGAGGAGAAAAAGAGGAUAAGUUGUUGUGAUCUGGAGAUGCAAAGUGGGAAAAUUUGCCAUAAAAACAGUACUUUUCUAAACCAUGCUGGAGAUGUUCAGUUAUACAAUCCAUUAGACUUUUUUUCUUUUGUUACAAUAUGUUUCAGGGGUUUACUGUGGGACAGAUUAACUUUUUUUCUAUUUUUAUUUACAAAUUGACUUUGUUAACACUCAUUUUCCUUUGCUUUUGCUUUUAUUUCUUUGUCCUUUCCUCUUCUGGUGUCUGUUAAGGACUGACUCACUUUAACAAACAUAUUCUGAAUUCAAAGCUCUGCCAUUUGUAGCCAGAUUGACUUGAAAGAGACGUUUGUCCUUUACAAGUAGAAAAAUGAGAUGUUCUUCAUAAAAUGCAGGAUUUUCCUUUCAAUCUUGACACGAUUUAACUGCUUAAGUCAUUCGCUACACACACCUCACAAGAUAUGGAGCAACUGUGAGCAAAUCAAUCUACAGUAAUGUCUUAUGGAGGGCUGAAAUAUGAAUCAAUUUGCAGAAGACGAAUCCAACGUGGACAAGUGUAUAUUUCAUGUUGUCACAGUCAACUGUGUUAAACAAUAAAUAUGUUUACAUAUUUUAUUACAUCAUAGCUGUUGUACUUUGUAGCUCAUUAUUGUACAUAACAGUUGAUUUUGAGAUUUUCAUAUGCUCUCUAUACAAACCAAUCAUCUAGUUAAGUUUAUUGUAGCUCAUUAUGGACAACCUUAAAGUAAAAAUUGCCUUUUGAAAGAAACUGAGGGAGAAAGUCUAUAUGCAUAAAGUGUUAUGAACUAGUAUUGUUUGGUUAAGGGUGUUACUAAGUCAGAUAUGUGACAACUGUAAGACGUUGAUUGAUUGAAGUCGCCCUACACACUUGUAUCAAGGCUCCACAUUGCUGGUUAUUUUAUUACUGCUUCUUGUUUUUUUAUUAAGGUUACGAGAGCUCACAUAAUAAAAGUGGAUGAUGGAUUGAAUUCAUACUGCCUCCACAUUACAGCAGUUCUGAAUGAUUCCUUUUUAGCCUGUGUUUCAUUCUGUGUAUUUAUGAUUUCUUUAAAUCAUGUUUUGCUGUUGUCUUGCAAUCUUUAGGUUUGUCCAUUUCUGACCAUUCGUGCUGGCAAUUUUGCAUUUUUUGUACUCAUGUUUACUUAUUCUGUUUUGUUGUUGUCACAACACUCAGAUUUGUGUGCAGUCAUUUUUAGUUUGUGUUCCUUUUAUCAGUUCAUCAAUUAUUGUUUUCAGUCCUGAUUUUCAGCUAUGCCCAGCAAU